AUGGCAGAUGAUUUGGCUGCCAACAACGAGAAAAGUGCGUUGAACAAAAGCGAAAUUCAGGCAGUCAUUGUGAAAUCCCAGUGUGCAUGCACUGAAGGACGAGUCGAGGGCAGAACAACUGAAGCAAAGUGCGAAAUUGAACUUAUAAUCAAGCGACCUUGUUCGAUGCCAAGCUACGUUUUUACGCCACGUUGGACGUCGCCUGACUUUACGCUGCGUGCGCUGGUCAUUGACACGGAGACGGUAUCAUCCAAGACAGGAAUGCAGGAACGGAGAGCUUCGCUCUUAGCUGCUGUCAGAAUUCACAGUUGCAUCCACAAAGGGCAAAGCCAGAACAGCCAGUCAGCCAAUCGCAUCAUCGGUCAGCGAUAA